CCUUCCUCCUCCGCCUCCUCGGCUCCUGGGCUAGAAUAUCUAUGGGUCGAAACGUGAUGCGAUGAAUCCGAGAGAGACCGAAACUGGGACGAGGAGUGCGGCGGAAGCGGCGGGACUCCCGGGCAUGGGGGCUCCACCACAAUAGAGGCAGCGCCCCCAACCACCCCCGGCAACCCCUCCGGAGCGAAGCCCCCAAAUCCCCUCGGGAAAAGGAUGGCGGCGGCACCUACCCAGAUCGAAGCCGAGCUGUAUUACCUGAUCGCUAGGUUCUUGCAGUCCGGACCCUGCAACAAAUCUGCUCAGGUGCUAGUGCAGGAGCUCGAGGAGCAUCAGCUGAUUCCGCGCCGCUUAGACUGGGAGGGGAAAGAGCACCGAAGAAGCUUCGAGGAUCUGGUGGCAGCCAAUGCACACAUUCCUCCAGACUACCUCCUUAAAAUCUGCGAGCGGAUUGGCCCCUUACUAGAUAAGGAGAUCCCUCAGAGUGUUCCUGGGGUACAGACGUUACUAGGCGUCGGUCGGCAGUCUCUGCUACGAGAUGCCAAAGAUUGUAAGAGUACACUAUGGAAUGGGUCUGCUUUUGCAGCUCUACAUAGAGGCAGACCUCCAGAACUACCUGUAAAUUAUGUGAAACCUCCAAAUGUGGUGAAUAUCACCUCUGCCAGGCAAUUAACCGGAUGUAGUCGCUUCAGCCAUAUUUUUCCUUCGUCUGCUUACCAGCACAUUAAGAUGCAUAAGAGAAUUCUGGGGCACUUGUCAUCUGUUUACUGUGUAGCAUUUGACCGAAGUGGGAGAAGAAUUUUUACAGGUUCGGAUGACUGUUUGGUCAAAAUUUGGGCUACAGAUGAUGGACGCCUUCUUGCUACACUUCGAGGACACUCUGCUGAAAUUUCGGACAUGGCUGUUAACUACGAAAACACACUCCUUGCUGCAGGCAGCUGUGAUAAAGUUGUGAGAGUGUGGUGUCUUCGAACUUGUGCACCAGUUGCAGUCCUUCAGGGACAUUCAGCUUCUAUUACUUCCAUACAGUUUUGUCCAUCAACUAAAGGCACAACCAGAUACCUCACUUCUACUGGUGCUGAUGGAACAAUUUGUUUCUGGCAGUGGCAUGUAAAAACAAUGAAGUUUAGAGAUCGUCCAGUAAAAUUUACUGAGAGAUCCAGACCUGGAGUUCAGAUAUCUUGUUCAUCUUUCAGCUCUGGUGGUAUGUUCAUUACAACAGGUAGCACUGACCAUGUGAUUAGAAUAUAUUAUCUGGGUUCUGACACCCCUGAGAAAAUUGCUGAACUAGAAUCACAUACGGACAAAGUUGUUGCUGUUCAGUUCUGUAACAAUGGAGACAGUUUAAGAUUUGUUAGUGGAAGUAGAGAUGGAACAGCAAGAAUUUGGCAAUAUCAGCAGCAAGAGUGGAAGAGUAUAGUGCUAGAUAUGGCCACUAAAAUGACUGGGAAUAAUCUGCCAUCUGCGGAAGACAAGGUCACCAAACUUAAGGUGACAAUGGUGGCGUGGGAUCGCUAUGACACCACAGUUAUUACUGCAGUGAAUAAUUUCCUCUUGAAAGUGUGGGAUUCUUUUACAGGGCAGCUUCUUCAUACUUUAUCUGGACAUGAUGAUGAAGUAUUUGUUUUGGAAGCACAUCCGUUUGAUCAGAGAAUCAUACUUUCAGCGGGCCAUGAUGGGAACAUUUUUAUUUGGGACCUUGACAGAGGGACCAAAAUUCGAAAUUAUUUUAACAUGAUUGAAGGCCAAGGCCAUGGUGCAGUGUUCGAUUGUAAAUUUUCACCAGAUGGAAACCAUUUUGCCUGCACAGAUUCUCAUGGACAUUUGUUGCUUUUUGGUUUUGGAUGCAGUAAAUACUAUGAAAAGAUUCCAGAUCAGAUGUUUUUCCACACGGAUUAUCGGCCUCUUAUUCGUGAUGCCAAUAACUACGUAUUGGAUGAACAAACCCAGCAAGCUCCUCACCUUAUGCCUCCCCCAUUCUUGGUGGAUGUUGAUGGAAAUCCUCAUCCUACCAAAUUUCAACGGCUAGUACCGGGACGAGAAAAUUGUAAAGAUGAACAACUAAUACCACAACUGGGAUAUGUAGCUAAUGGCGAUGGUGAAGUGGUGGAACAGGUGAUUGGGCAGCAAACUGCGGAGCAAGAUGAAAGCAUUCUUGAUGGAAUAAUAAGGGAGUUGCAGAGAGAACAAGAUAUGAGACUGAUUAACGAAGGAGAUGUUCCAAAUUUACCAGUUAAUAAUAGAUCACACUCUGUUAAUGGUGCUUUGAGAAGUCCAAAUAGAGACACAUCAUCGUCUGCCUCCAAUGUGGGGCUCCGACGGAGUGGUCAGAUUGAAGGUGUCCGGCAGAUGCAUAACAAUGCUCCUCGUAGCCAGAUGGCCACUGAACGUGAUCUCAUGGCAUGGAGCAGAAGAGUGGUGGUCAAUGAACUCAACAAUGGGAUUAGUAGGGUACAGGAAGCAUGUCGAACUGCAAAAGGUGACCUGGAGGUUAGUCUCUAUACAGUUGAAAAGAAGAAAAAGCCAUCUUAUACUGCUCAAAGGAAUGAUUAUCAGCCUAGUUGCGGGCGGUCUUUGCGAAGAACCCAGCGCAAGCGUCAGCAUACUUACCACACUCGCUCCAACAUGGAGCAUAAUUCACAAGCAUCGUGUCAAAAUUCAGGUGUACAGGAAGAUUCCAAUAGUUCCUCAGAGGAAGAUGAAACUGUUGGUACAAGUGAUGCUUCUGUAGAAGAUCCUGUGAAUGAAUGGCAAAGUGAAAGUUCUUCCAGUGAUUCAUCAAGUGAGUAUUCUGAUUGGACAGCGGAUGCUGGUAUAAAUUUGCAGCCUCCAAAAAGACAAACGAGACAGGCAACGCGGAAAUUCUGCAGUAGUUCCGAGGAAGAGAAUUUGAAGUCCUCAGACGAAAGACAGAAGAAACCUAAACAGACUAGAAAAAAGAAAGGAGGACUAGUUUCUAUGGCAGGUGAACCCAAUGAAGAAUGGUUUGCCCCUCAGUGGAUUUUAGAUACCAUACCUCGGCGUUCUCCAUUUGUUCCUCAGAUGGGAGAUGAGCUUAUUUAUUUUAGGCAAGGACAUGAAGCUUAUGUGCGGGCUGUAAGGAAAUCAAAAAUAUACAGUGUUAACUUACAAAAACAGCCGUGGAAUAAAAUGGAUCUCAGGGAACAAGAGUUUGUUAAGAUUGUAGGAAUCAAGUAUGAGGUUGGACCACCUACACUAUGCUGCCUGAAGCUUGCAUUUCUGGAUCCCAUUUCAGGCAAAAUGACUGGAGAAUCUUUUUCUAUUAAGUAUCAUGACAUGCCAGAUGUCAUUGAUUUCCUUGUAUUGCAUCAGUUUUAUAAUGAAGCCAAAGAAAGGAAUUGGCAGAUUGGUGAUAGAUUCCGCAGUAUAAUAGAUGAUGCCUGGUGGUUUGGGACUGUGGAGAGUCAACAGCCUUUUCAACCAGAGUAUCCUGAUAGCUCCUUCCAGUGUUACAGUGUUCACUGGGACAAUAAUGAGAGAGAAAAGAUGAGCCCCUGGGACAUGGAGCCAAUUCCAGAAGGAACUGCCUUUCCAGAUGAAGUUGGUGCUGGUAUUCCUGUCUCCCAGGAGGAACUGACUGCUUUGCUCUACAAACCCCAGGAAGGAGAGUGGGGAGCUCAUUCCAGAGAUGAGGAAUGUGAACGAGUCAUUCAGGGCAUCAACCACCUUCUUUCCCUGGAUUUUGCCAGCCCUUUUGCUGUUCCAGUGGAUCUCAGUGCCUACCCCUUGUACUGUACUGUAGUUGCUUAUCCAACGGACCUCAACACCAUCAGGCGAAGACUUGAAAACCGUUUUUACAGGAGAAUAUCAGCAUUAAUGUGGGAGGUACGCUACAUUGAGCACAAUGCUAGGACUUUCAAUGAGCCAGACAGUCCUAUAGUUAAAGCAGCCAAAAUUGUGACUGAUGUCUUACUUCGAUUUAUUGGGGAUCAGAGUUGUACUGAUAUACUGGACACUUAUAAUAAAGUUAAAGCAGAAGAACUGAACAGUACUGAUGCAGAGGAGGAUACUGAACUGGUUGAUUUAGAUUCAGAUGGUCCUGGGACUUCAUCUGGAAGAAGGGUCAAGUGCCGAGGGAGAAGGCAGUCUUUAAAGUACAGUGCUGAUGCUUGGAAAAAACAGUGCAAAGAACUGUUGAGCCUCAUUUAUGAACGUGAAGACUCGGAGCCGUUCCGGCAGCCUGCUGAGCCGCCUGCUCACCCGAUCCAUCAAGAGCAAGAGGGAGAAUCGUCGGGAUCAGCUGUUGCAGAAAGACAAGAUUCCUCUCUGUCUGAGGAUUUCCAAGACACUGUCGAUACGCCUAUGGAUUUCAGCACUGUGAGAGAAACUUUGGAAGCCGGAAGCUAUGGUAGUCCUCUGGAAUUUUAUAAGGAUGUUCGCCAAAUAUUCAGCAACUCCAAAGCUUAUACCUCUAAUAAAAAAUCAAGGAUCUAUAGCAUGACGCUGCGACUAUCUGCUUUAUUUGAAAGUCAUAUUAAAAAUAUCAUCUCUGAAUAUAAGUCAGCAAUCCAGAGUCAGAAGCGGAGAAGGCCACGGUACAGAAAACGUCUAAGGAGCAGCAGCAGUUCAUUGUCUAGUAGCAGAGAUCCUAGUCCAAAAGGGAAACAGAAGCAAAUGAAGUUGCAGCCUAAAAAUGACCAGAAUACCUCAGUGUCUUAUGCCAGGACUAGCUCUCCUUUUUCUUCCCCCGUUUCAGAUGCUGCUGAAGGCCUUUCACUGUAUCUACUUGAUGAUGAAGUAGAUGGGCCAUUUUCCUCUUCGAGUUUCAGUGGACAUAGCAGAAGUGGAAAUAGCCAUGAAGCAGGGAAAGCCAAAUCAUUUCGAAAUAGAGUUUUACCAGCUAAACAAGAUCAUUCUCUUGAUGGACCCCUUAUCAAUGGUGAUGGCAGAGAGCCCCGGACAGGAAUGAAGAGGAAGCUACUCAGUGCAUCAGAAGAAGAUGAAAGCGCGGGAGGAGAAGAGAAAGAGAAGAAAGAAACAAAAGAAAAAUCCCACUUGUCCUCCUCCGAGAGUGGAGAGUUGGGAUCCAGUUUAAGUUCUGAAAGUACUUGUGGUUCUGAUUCUGACUCCGAAUCAACUUCCAGAACAGAUCAAGAUUAUGUAGAUGGAGACCAUGACUAUAGCAAAUUCAUACAAACUAGACCUAAAAGAAAACUCAGAAAGCAACAUGCCAAUGGAAAAAGAAACUGGAAGACGAGAGGCACGGGAGGAAGAGGCAGAUGGGGCAGAUGGGGCAGGUGGAGUAGGGGAGGCAGAGGGAGAGGAGGCAGAGGCCGGGGGGGUCGAGGAAGAGGUGGAGCUGGCACUAGGGGCAGAGGGCGAGGGAGGAGAGGACGAGGUGCUUCUAGAGGAGCCACCAGAGCCAAGCGAGCCCGGGUUGCCGAUGAUGAGUUUGAUACAAUGUUUUCAGGACGUUUCAGUAGACUGCCUCGGAUUAAAACGAGAAACCAGGGCAGGAGAACUGUUUUAUAUAAUGAUGAUUCUGAUAAUGACAAUUUUGUGUCCACUGAGGAUCCUCUGAAUCUUGGUACAUCCAGAUCAGGCAGAGUGCGUAAAAUGACAGAAAAAGCCAGGGUUAGCCAUCUCAUGGGAUGGAAUUAUUAACAGUUAAUAAAUUUAGAAUAAUUUAAAAAAAAAAUUCAAUGGCCUUCUACUGCAGGGAAUCUACCAGGAAAUCUACAAAGCAAGUUGUCUGGGGACUUCUGCUUCCUUUCACAUUGGUGCUUUUCCAUUAUGCCAGUAUAUGUUUGUUUCAAGACUUUUAAUCUCCACACUUCAUUUAUUAAAACAAGCCUUACUCAUUAGGCCUUAAAUUAAAGGAAAUUCUUCCCACAUAGACAUAGCUGCACAUACGUGUGCACACUCACUCACUCACUCUCUCUGUCUCUCCCUCUCUCUCUCUUUCUCUCUCUCUUUCACACACACACACACACACAUACACACACACUACAGAUUUACUACAUUAAAGGAGCAUUCAGCUUCUCAAGAGUAGCAUGAUGUUUUUAUCUCAAUGGAAUAUCCCUCUCUUUGCUUUUGUAUCACAGAAGUAUAGCACCUUCUUACAGAGUUUUAUAUAGUUUGUUUUUGCCAUUUUGAUUCCUAUACCCAGUAAUAAUAACUUUUGCACAAUACACCAAUCCUAAAGGCAGCUAUUAAAUGUUUACAGUUUAUAUAUUGUAAGAACGAUCUGGAUUAUUUUACUCUUCCCAGGCCAAACUUUCGUGAAUUGUACUGAACUGAAGUAUAUAUUUAUACUACAGUUUUUUUGGGGGUGGGGGGAUCUUGAUACGCUUUUCAUUGAUUUGCUUAAUUCACGUUAAAGGUGAGAAAGGGUUGGUGCCUUGUAAAUAUGUAGCAAAUCUUUGUGGUGUGUCCUGAUGUGUGCAUUAACUUUAUUAAAAAAACAAAAAAGAAUACUUGAGGUAUCAAUCUAGACAAGGUGCCAAAUGCAAAAGUUUCUUGCAUCCAUUUUCUUUUUCCUGUUAUAUUUUAUUGCAUUAGUAGAACUUGUGUAGCUUAAAGAAUAACUUAAACAUUUGAAAACUUCUCAUCCACAAAGAAUAACUUUUUGAAUAGUAGCUCAGCUACCUCUGUUAACUACAACUACUGGAAAUGUUAAGGAAAAUAGAUACUGUUAUUCAUGAAUAAGGAGAAAUAGAACAAGCUUGAUAGGAAUGAAUGAACAUUCCUAAAUUAUAAGCUGAGAGGUUGUUAAUAAUUGUAUUGGCUCUUAAACAAAUAGUUGUAAUUAGCAAACUUCGUAAAGUAUUCUCUGGUCUACCUUAGGCUUUCUUAGAACAUACUUAUGUAAGUCGACUUGGGGUGUGGCUCAAGUGUCUCCUCUACCACACGCUAUUUAACUGCUGCGAGUUACUGGUUUUCAUUUGAAUCUUAGAAAUUAGUGAAGCACCUAGUUUGAGUUGGAAUGCUUUGGCUAGCUAAUAUUUCGAAUCAAGUUUGAUAGGUUUCGUUCUUACCAUUCCAGAGGGUUCUUCUAGGCUUUCAGAAAAGAACCUCAUUGCACUGCACACUGAUAUUUUCAAUCAUUUUACAGAUUUAAAAAAAAAAUCCUUUAAAACUCUUAAGGUCUUGUUUACAGCAGUAGAGUACACAUGGUUUCAUAAGUGAAUUUGAGUUCCAAGAUCAAUUUUACUCCUCAAGAUGGAGGCUGCAGAUUUGCUAACUUGUUAAACUUGGAAAUGUGUUGAGCUGAGAGGGAUAAUAUUGAUCUCUGUUUUUAUGACAGCAGAUUUGUUGCCCUUAGAUCAGAUUUGUGUGGUCCAACAGACUUCUCGUAUCUGUAAUUAUCCCAGGAUAUUUCUUAAUCUGUUUGUUUCAUGCUUUCAGUCAUUUCAUGCAUCUGAAAAUCCUUAAGUGCAGAGGAAGGAGUGCACACAUAACUUUGCUUUUUCAGUAGGGUUGGGGGUGGAACUUAUUCUUGGACUAACAUCUUUAAGCAGUUUUCACUUGCAGUAGAAAUGAUGUUUGGGCUUUAAGAAAGUAUUGUUGUGAAUUGUUGCUGGCACUAACUUCUGUUCCUGGACAGUAGACCAAGCUGAUUUUUUUUUUUAUAGCCUUUAUUUUUUCCACUAAACCAAAAUCACUAUUUCUACUUAUCACUCAGUUGCCACUUUUAAUCAUGCUAUCAAUUUCAAAUGUUCCUGUUUGUUAAGUCUCGAUUUGAUUUUUUGUUAAAAUACUCUGUUUCAGUUUCUCAUCUCUUGGGCAUUGCAACUAAAUUGUGCCUGUGUUGUCCUGAAAUCAAUAACACUUCGACCUACCCCAAUCAAAGUAAUACAGUUACUUAAAUACCUGGAUAUUCCCAAAUGUGUAUCGUGUAUAUCAUUUUAGUUUGAAAAAAAUUUUUUUUGACAUUCUUCUAUGAAGAGCUGACCUCUUGAAUUGUAGAAGAAUUGCCAUUUGUGUGAUUUUACCUAUCUGGAGCUUUAUUUAUAAUUUAUUUUGAAAAAUAAAAAUGCCACAUUUAUUCCCCAAAUGUCAAGAUUUUCUAGGUUUAGAUCAUUAGAAUAAUAAGGCUAAAGACAUUUUUAAGCAUAUUUUAUAUGUAGCAAAAUACUGUGAAAAUACUAGUGAACAGCAUUUUGCUGUAAUGUUAAUUUCAGUUAUUAGGAUUUAAAGAGAUAGUGACCCAGGGUAUAAUAGAUUAGCAUAGUUAUCAUUUAUUAUUGAACAAACAGAUUAUUUUCUGUUUGCAUGCAAAUUAUUUUAAUAAGUGUACAAAUAAAAGUUUGGGAGAUAGUAUUUUUUACUUUCGUGUCUCAACUUUUCCCCCAAUUUACUUUUUUUUAAUAGCAUUACCUCCUGUGAAUGUGUCAUAAUUUGUAUCACAUUGAAUACUUAAUUGUUUUAAUUUUUAGAGACCCUUUAGAUCUAAAUAAGAUCUAGGUUCAGCCAUAGCAAAGCAAGUAGGAAAUGAGCUAAGAAUUUUGGAUAUUUAAAUCAUAAAGGAAAGGUUAAGAAAAACCACUGUUAUAUUUAAUGAGAGCAUACACAUGUAUCAGCCUAGUCUUCUUCUAGAUACGAAUAGUCAGUGAUCUGUAAUAUUUCUCAACAAUGCUAGUAAGGCUUAAAUUCGCAGCUUUAAGAUCUUAGCAUGUGUGUAUAUUUAUACAAACUGAACUGUGUGUUUCCAUGGCUUGCUAUGUGUAUCUCAUCCAGCGAUAGGAUGGUCUCCAAAACAUUCAUGAUCCUAAUAACUAAAUUUCCUUUUUGUCUGUGUCUGUGUGUGUGUGUGUGUGUGUGUGUGCGCGCGUGCUAUGUGUAUCUAUGUUUUCCAACAUGGCAUACCUUCUCUCGUUUUAAAAAGAAUAUUUUAUGUGGAGGACACUGUACCAGUUCUUUGCCUCUGAACAGCCCUUAGCUUAUGUAUUUACUGCUUAAUGCUUUUCAUUAUGCCUGUUAGAGGACUGAUCUAGGUUUUGUCAUGUCCUUGUUCCCCUGCAUUCUUUUAAUUUGCUUCUCCUUUCUUUGUUUAUUUUUUUCCCUUCCUCAACAAUCAGGCUUGUGCUAGAAUCCUGCCCAGCACUUUGUUCUGCCCAGAGGCAAGGAAACUGAAAUUCAUAAAUCCCAUUCUGCAUAACUUUGUGCUCAGAUAUCUAACUCACCCUUCCAAUAUUUUGAAGUAAAUUGGAAUGACUUAUCUUUAGUUGUUUUUGUUUUAUUCCCAUAGAUUCUCAUCACACAGUGAUAAGGUGAUUGAAAGAGAAAGAUAUGAAUGGCACUUCUUUCUAAUAAAACUUUUUGAGCAUUUUCCAAAAAUUUGUGUGCCUGUGGUCAUGAGAAAUACCUUAUGGCAUCAUGUCUAAUUUUCAUGAUACUUUGCAAUUCAGUCUUUAAGCAAUCACAGUAAUUUUUUUGAGUUCUGAAGUGAGUAGCUCUGGAUGAAGGGAAUGAGCUUUUGACAUUUGAAGCUAACUGUUUAAAAUUUAACUCUGUCCACCACAUUUUUGAGGUAGAUGAGGCUUUAUAAAGAUUUUCUUGAAACUUAGAAUAUUAUAAGGUCACUUUUAGAGUUUGUUUUAAAAAACUAGUGUAAAAAUGUAUGUGUGUGUGUAUGUGUGUGUGUGUAUGUGUGUUGAAUUUUCUAUUUUGUUUUGGUUUUUGCUUCUAGUAAAGCUUCUUUACCCAGUUUUGAUUCAGUUCCAAUAUAAACGUGACUUGUUGAUGGUGCUGUAUUUUGUUGGCUAGCACUCAGGUUUCUUGAUAUUUAUUUCUUACAUAGCCUUAUCCUUGAUUCUUUCCCUUUUCAUCUUGUCCUGCCUUGAUCCUCUCCUCUCAUUCUGCGAUGAAGUCAGCACCUAACUCCUAACUUAGCACGCUUCCACAAGACUAGUCAUUUCUGAUUUUUUGAUGGCAUAAGUACAGUAGAAAGGCCUGGAAGUUGAGUUAAGGUGUUUUUUUUUUUAAUAUGUAUGCCCAUUUGUUACUCUUAGACCUAUCUUCAUUAAAUCUAGAAUAUGAGACUUUGACAUAUAAAAGCAUGAUAAGUAUUUUCUAAAAAAAAACAAAAAAACACAAAAAAGCUAUUGAAACAUUGAAAUCGCCAUUGGUAAUUGACUUAUGAAAUUACAUACAAAGAUAUUUAGAAACCCAGAUGGGAAAUGUGUUUAUUCAUGUGUCACCGGAGCCACCUUAGGCAGUACUACAAAUGUUAAUUCUUCAGCAGUACUGUGGUGAUGGCAAUCAGUAAUUUAUUUCUUUGUCCUGUAACUUACCAUCCUUGUCUUUUGUAAUACCUUAUACAGUAUUAACAAAACUGUACCUUAUGUUUGUUCUUAGUAUCCAUAAAUUUUAAGAUGGAAAAUCAUUCAGUUAAUAGUUGAUGUGAUGUUGUAUAUGGGCAAAAUACCCGUCAAACUAAAAUUCAGUAAAAAGAAAAAAAGAGGUAAACUAAACUUGCUUGGCUUAUAAGAUAUGUUUUAUUUUGCAGUUGUCAGUCAUUAUAAGCGAUUAUCUUUAAAGACAAAAAACUGGACUAAUUUGUUGCCAUUCUUUAUGGGAUGUUUACAAUAAAAUUCCAAGUUGUUUGGAAUCAGUUGCACUCUUACUGCUUUAUGCCUUAGCUCAAAUGACCAGAGUGAAAUUAACAACAAGAGAAAAGAGUCUGGAGUUAACCUUUCUGUUGUCCAGCUUUAGUUAUUGUGACUUUUGGAUCUUCCCUGGUUUGUCUGUCACAGGAUAUUGUGUUACAAUUGUUUUUUAAUCUGAAAAACUGGCUUGCUUCUUCCUAUCAAAGAAAAGAAUGUUUUGAUUUAUCUUUUGCCUUACUCGUUGCAAAUAUUCUUUGGUCACUUUGGGGUAAUGAUAUGGUAUUACCUGAUAAAUGUGUUUUAUAAACAACCUACAAAAACGAAGUCAACACUUUGUUUUGCUUUUCCAAAUGAACAGAGUUCUAAUGUAUUUGUGGCUUGUAUUGCAACAGCUGAGCUAUGAAUCCUUUACAUUUUUUGUUUGUAGCCAAAUUGCCUACAAAGCUUAACCAUGGUGCUUUAAUUCAAUGUAAGCAUAGGUGGAAGAGAAGUGAAGGAAGGUGAAUUUUGAGCCAGGACCUUGAAUGCCUUAAUAGGAACAUUCAUCCUUGGUCUAAACCUGUAAAAUUACCCAGAACUUUUCUCCUGAUAGCAAGACUUCUACUAGGUUCAGGAUAAGUAAGUUUGCUAAAGACUGAACUGGAUUUUUAAGACGUAUGCUAUCUAUUUUGUAUAUUAAAAAUCAAAUAGUAAGGCAUUGAGAAAAAUGCCACCUUUAUCAUCUGACACUGUCUCCAUUAAAUAUGAAAGUAGCCCAGGUUUUUGGAGUUUAAGAGUGAAGUAGAGAUAAGCUGUUUAGUAUUUUUAUUUGCUUAACUGGUUACAGAUAGACCCCUUUAAAAUUGUAAAAGUAUUACCUUAAAAAUUCUUUGUUGAUAGACUCCUGAUGGUUUUUAACUGCAAAAUUUCAUAAAUAGGAAAAGAAUUUUUAAAAACAUCAUAACAGUAUCCAGAAGAUCUGUAUUUUUUCAAGAAAAAACUGAUCUUUUCCCUCUAAAUUAUGUACUGAUAAUUUAAAGCUACUUUCCAAAAAUGCACAAAAUAAACUGAAACCAAAUAUAUGAGUUGACUUUUAAUGGGAUUUUUGAUGGCAUGGUUAACCCCAUGUAAUUAUAGUUCUGAUCUCAGUUGUUCUAUAUAAAUAAAUAUUUAAGGGAUUUAAAAAAUUCUGCACUAUGCUGGUAGACCAAAUAUAUAACCUUAAAUAAAGUAAA